AUGGCCACUGCUAUUGCUCUCUAUACGUUUCUUGCUGGUUGCACCAUCGCCUUGGUCGCACGCUGGAUCACAAGUCAUGCUACGGAGGAUAGGGGUACUCUUUCAGUAUCCCAGAAAGAUCCAUUCUGGGGUCUCGAUAUCGUCUAUCAAAGAUUGUUCAAAUUCGACAAGACGCAUAUCAACCAAAACUGGGAGGCCCAGUUCAAAAAGAAUGGCGACACUUUCCGAAGUAGACCUUUUGGCCAGACCGAAAUUUUCACGACAUCCCCAAAGAUCAUUGAAUCAGUACACUCAAAAGAUUUCGGGUCCUUUGGAGUAGAGGCUUUUAGAAGAAAGGCUAUAUCCCCACUCGUUGGUCCAGGAAUUGUGAGCGCUGAUGGCGAGGAAUGGAAGAUCGCUCGCAAAUUGAUCUCUCCAGCUUUCGUCCUGCCGCAUGGUCCAAAUUUACGCUUCUUCGAUCUCCAUGUAUCGAGACUUCUCGAAAGGCUUCCUCUUGACGGCUCCACGGUCGACUUGCAACCGCUUUUCCAUAUGCUGUCUCUCGAUGCGUCUACAGAAUUCAUCUUCGGAGAAUCUUUCAACUCUCUGGGACCUAAUGGCAUGUCCAUUGAAAGACAAAAAUUUCUAGAUGCGUUCAACUACGCAAUCACGGGCAUUGAUAAGAGACUCUGGCUACGGUCUUGGAACCCUUUCAUCCGUAACAAGAGAUUCUGGCAUUGCUGCGCGAUUGCGCAAGCCCACUUUGACAAAGCGGUUGAGACAUGUGCUCUUCAGCGUAGUUCGAGAUAUGCCGAUGAACUCAAGGAUCCAGUGUUGGUUCAUGAGCUACUUGAGCAGACUGACGAUCGACUAUUUAUACGACAUCAAUUGAUGAAUACUUUUCUACCUAGCCAUGACUCAAUUGGUGUCCUCCUUACCAAUGUUUUUUUUGUGCUCGCUCGUCAGCCUAUGGUUUGGUUCAAGCUGCAAGAGGAAGUUACUUCCAUUGGGGACUCAGAGUUGAAUGCAUCGGAUCUCAAGAAGCUCAUUUACCUCCAGGCCGUUAUACAAGAGACUCUCCGUCUCUACCCCAGUCUCGGUAUGCGGGAGCGCGUUGCCCUUCGAGACACAACGUUGUCGCGCUCCGAGGCUGAGAACACCCCUCUUCUUGUCAGAAAGGGAGACGUGAUUAUGAUUAGCUCCUACGCUCUGCAACGCCGAAAAGACCUUUGGGGUGCCGAUGCAGAUGAAUUCCGUCCUGAGCGGUUCCUCGACGCGAAGCUAGAACCGUGGACAAUCAUAUCGUUUGGGGCAGGACCACGUGCAUGUCCAGGACAACGUAUCGGAAUUUUUCAGGUGGCGUACACCAUUGUCAGGAUACUACGGACAUACACAGGAAUCGAGAAUCGAGAUCCAGUGAUGGGGUUCGAAGAGCUACAGCAACUAGCAAGCAGAAGAAUCGAAGGGCAUCUUGCCGAUUAG